CCGUCCGGGAGCGAAAGGAAGAAUUAGUCUGUGUAUUUAUGUGGCUGGGCUCCUGUAAAUAUUUUGAUGCAUCUGCUGCCAGCUCUGGUCUGAGGGAAUAUACCUGGCAUUUAGAUUUGGAUGGGGAGCUGUUUUGAAUGAUAACGGUGCAGCUGGCUGUGAGUCAGUGCAUGUGUGUUGGCUGGGAAAAAAAAAAUCUCCAAGCUCAACGUUUGCUGAAUGCUGAGCUGCAGCGCUCGCUGCCUUUUUUUUUUUUUUUUGUGAGUAGACGAGCCAAACAGAUUUUUUUCAGGGGCGACAAGGAAACUCAAAAGUCACCCACAACUACCUUUAAACAUGGGGGCUGUGAUGGGCACCUUCUCCUCACUGCAGACCAAACAAAGACGACCCUCCAAAGACAUCGCCCGAUGGUAUUACCAGUAUCAGAGAGAUAAAAUUGAAGAUGAGUUGGAGAUGGCCAUGGUGUGUCAUCGGCCUGAAGGACUGGAGCAGCUGGAGGCACAGACCAACUUCACCAAGAGGGAACUGCAAGUUCUCUACAGAGGCUUUAAAAAUGAGUGUCCCAGUGGUGUUGUGAAUGAAGAAACAUUCAAACAGAUCUAUGCCCAAUUUUUCCCACAUGGAGAUGCAAGCAUGUACGCCCAUUAUCUUUUCAAUGCCUUCGACACAGCUCAGAUGGGUUCAGUGAAAUUUGAGGACUUUGUGACAGCUUUGUCAAUUUUGUUGAGAGGAACAGUCCUAGAAAAGUUGCGGUGGACCUUUAACUUGUAUGACAUCAAUAAGGAUGGAUACAUAAACAAAGAGGGACAGUGGACAGAAAUGGAAGGAGGUGUUGACGAUAUGUUUGCUAUUUCUGAAUCUUCUCAUCAUGUUCUGCACCUUGAGUUGAGACCAAAUGAAAUGAUGGAUAUCGUCAAAGCCAUUUAUGACAUGAUGGGAAAGUACACUUACCCCGUGCUCAAAGAUGAUGCUCCAAGGCAGCACGUAGAUGUGUUUUUCCAGAAAAUGGAUAAAAACAGAGAUGGCGUCGUGACUUUAGAUGAAUUCAUUGAAUCCUGCCAGGAGGACGACAACAUCAUGAAAUCCCUACAGCUGUUUGAAAAUGUCAUGUAACCGUGGUUAACAAGCCGACCGGCCACCAGAGACAUUGUGCCCACCAAGAACCUCAACAAACUGAGCGGCCCCAGUUCACAAGUUACCCCCCAAGCUCUUUGGGAAGGAAGCUUUGCGCCUUUCAGAAGAAGAAAUUUUUUAGGAUUUCUCCCACCCUGCUCUACUUCAGGCAGUCAAGAAUCCCAACUCUUUUCUCCAUCCUUGGAAGGGACGAUGACUAGAUUUUAUUUCAUUUCAAAGCAUGUUGCUAUUUUCACCCCCACACACACAAACACCGCUUCCCAGGAGAGGACACUUCCACUAGAAGCUUAAUGAAUCGCACAUGGCAUCCUGUUUCUUCAUCUCCAGCUUUGCUGUUGUAAACCUAGUCGACUUGGGUGUCUCAGGUAGCCCCAGAUUUGAGCUUGAGUGUGUUCUGCCACUUGCUGUGAUUGGAUACUGAAUACAUCCCAUUCCGCCCUACGGCUCCUCACCUGGUGCAGUGGGUCGGUCCCUUCCUCUUGCUUUGAGCAAGAAGAGAAAGUGUAUCUAAGGCAGCCAAACUAAAGAACUGCUGGAUUUUGUAAGCCAGCAUUAAAGUGAUGUCUAGGUGCUGGGAAGUUCAGAGGAUCAGAGGGAGUGGUGGGGUCGGGGGGUGGGGGGACUUCAUUAAAAGCUGCACAUUCUAAUUGACCCGAGGUACCUGCGGACUUUAUGUUUCCAAAGCCCAGAGAUGAACAGCCUCCCACCUUGCUCCGGAUUCUGUGCUUGCAUUUCAGCCUCCCUCAAGGUGCACCCUGCAGAAAGACAGAAGACACAGGAGGCUACAGUGCCAACAUGCCACAGAUGAGUGCCAUUGACAUAACAAUGCCCACUCCCCCUCAACACCAUGCCCCUCUCUGACUCUCCAUGCUGAGGGUUCAUGUGAACUGCUACAAUUUUCUACCAUGUUCUAAUCAAUAAACGCUAUCAUUUUGUAUG